ACUCAGUCUCACGUGUAUCAGUGUCCAGUGGUGUCCUUCUGCUCUGUGGUGUCCUUCAGGACUGUGGUGUCUGUUCUGUGGUGCGGUCUCUGGCUAAACAUUUGUUGUGUCUAGUAGUGGAUGAUUGUAAUUGCGAGUAAAGGAUUAUAACACUACGGUGUUGGAAUUUACAAACUUCCCAUGUGACAACAAGACGACAGUGUAUCAUAUAACUGGAAAGCAAGCAACUGAAUACAAUAGGGACAAAAAUAGAAGAUUGUGACAAUAUAGAUAAUACCAGUGUCAAAGCUCCUUUAUUGAGAAGUUACAAAGCUCCUUUACCAGAAACCAAGUGAGAGUUUUCUAACGCAUCGCCAAAGGGGUUUAUUAGUGGACAAACUCUAGUGUAACACAUAUUAUUUUAAAGUUGGAAACCCCCAGAGACUUUGAAGUGUAAAAAAUGACGAGUCCAACAUUUCUAAUGAUUUUCCUCGCGAUUGGACCAAUUUUGCUGCUAGAAGCAUCAGAAUCGAUACCAGCUUCAAGGCCCAACGAAAUAGAAGCGGCUUUCGAUAAACUGGCUGAGGCAUCUUUGGACGCCUGGAAGGACGUCAAGAGGUUCAAAAUGAUUGACGAACCAUCGUCCAAUACCACCGUUACAGGCCGAGGCAAAAAAGUGUCCAAGAUGGCGGUUCCGCUGAUGUUUGGCUUCAAGUUUGCGGGUGUGGUGAUAGCUGCCCUCACGGCUCUCAAGAUCCUGCUAGUUCAGUCGCUCAUGCUUAGCAAGGUGGCGCUGAUAGGUGCCGUGCUUCUAGCUGGCAAGGUUGUCUUCGACCACAUGCACAGGCAUCUCUACAAGGUGACAGACAUUAGCCACGCCUACUCGUACACACCCAGCCACCCGUACAGCGCUCACCUGUCAGGGCUGGAGUCGACCCAAUACGAGGCUUUGGCUGACCCAGCGCCAGUGGCUUACUCCUACUACAACCCCUCAGCCCACGAGGCCACCUACGCUGCUCAAGAUGACCUGCAGUCGCAGUACGGCCUUCUACACACUGCCCAGUCAAAGAACUUCUCUAGAUCGGCCGCUGACCGAUUUUUCAGUGCCAGCAAUAAUAACAAGAAGAAGGUGGUGGCUGUUAAAACUAUUAUAAAGAAGACAACAGAAUCGGACUGAUUUUAAUGAGCUGAGUGGAAUAAAUGAAAACAGCGUCCAUCCUAUAAUAAUAAAUUCUAAUCUCAAGUUUGAUUGAUUGGUCAACAUUAGAAUAAAUUAGGAAGACCAUACAAAUAUUCCGAAUGUUUCUACUUUUAAACUACCAACAAUGUAGUUGAGAAUGUUGGUUUGUUGGGAUGUUCAAAGUUCAGUUUAGUUCUAUUUUAUGUUAAUCUCGAUUGAAGUGAGAAGUGAAACACCAAUCCAUAAGAUAUUGGAUGAAGUUUCACAAGAAAUAAUACUCCAUAAGGAGCUGUAGCAUAUUUAUUCACGGUGAUCUCUUGCGUAUUAAUACAGAGAUGAUGAAGGAUUAUUAAUAGAAGCCUAAAUAAUAUUAUUAUUUCUCAUAUGAAUGAGCUUACAAUAUCUAUGGUCCCACAUUUGGGCUAUUAAUCGUAGCUCUUACCUUGUGACAAAUAAUCCUUGCUACAAGGUAUUCUUGAAUUCCAUUACAAUUAUCCUUUAUAAAUUAAUGAUGUCAGUUUUAGAAUAGUUCAUUCACCUAAUAGUCUUCAAUUCAAAAUUGGAAAUUUUAAAUAGGAAUUCUAAUUUAUUGUUGAAUCAUGGCGAUAUGGAAUGGUUAUUAAAUGAGAGCAGAAUCAUACUCAAAUGUCUUUCAAGAAAAAGCAUUUUCCAAAGAUAAAAUGAUGCUAACUGCCUAUUGUUGAGUUAUGCUUAGGAAGUCCAUUCUAUAGAAAUAAAUUCAUCAUGUAGAAUGAAUAAAAAUGUUAUGAGAUUGUAUUUACCUGAAUUUAUGAUACAAUGUCUGUACUGUGAGUUAUUUACUAUAGUCCUAUUAUAUGUGUAUGUGUCUAAAACUAUUAUAUUUAUUUAAUUUAUUAUUAUUUAUAAUUUGAUGAGAAUGUAAAUAAAUCUGUAUUAUAUAAGA